UCCUCCCGUGGUUGAAUGUCUCUCUGAGGUUCUCUGGAGAGACAGCAUGGCUGAAACAUCUGUCUCAGAUGAUCUGCAGCCUGUGAAGAGAAGCAGCAGCUAUGAACUCCUGCCUCCUAACAUGUCUGAGCUGAGGGUUGUUCUGCUGGGGAACAGCUGGUCUGAGAGGAGUUCAGUGGGGAACUUCAUACUGAGAGAGACUAAGUUCAACACUGAGGAAGAACCAGAUCACUGUCUGAGAGUCAGAGGACAGUUAAAGGAGAAACAAGUAGUCGUCAUCAACACUCCAGACCUGCUGCUUCCCAACAUCUUCCAACACAAAGUAAGACAAGAUGUAGAACACUGUGUGAGUCUCUCUGAUCCUGGACCUCAUGUGUUCCUGCUGGUUCUACAGCCUGAAGACUUCACUGAGGAACUCAAAGUGAAGCUCUGCAGAGUCCUGAAUCUCUUCGGUGAUCAAUCAUUUGAUCAUUCAUUGAUACUGAUAUCAACAUCUGGAGAGGAGAGUUCAGCUUGCAUGUACAAAGACCAGCCUUUAAAAGACCUGAUCAGAAUGUGUAGAUACAGAUACCUGAACCAGAAGAACCUUGAACGUCCAGAGCUGUUCACACGUUUGGGUCAAAUUGUAAAGGAGAACAAUGGAGAGCAUGUGAGAUGUGACGUAUUUGAGGAUGAGGGUUUGAUCAUGACACCAAAGUGUGACCACAUGAAACCAUCUCUAAACCUGGUUCUGUGUGGGAGGACAGGAGCAGGGAAGACUUCAGCAGCCAAGGCCAUUUUAGGUCAGACAGAGCUUCAUCCAGUCUCCAACUCAUCAGAGUGUGUUAAACAUCAGGGAGAGGUGUGUGGACGUUGGGUUUCUCUGGUGGAGCUGCCUGCCUUGAAUGGAAAACCUCAGGAGAAAGUGAUGGAGGAAUCACUCAGGUGUAUCUCCCUCUGUGGUCCUGAGGGCGUCCAUGUCUUCUUCCUGGUC